AUGGCUGCUCAAUGUCGAAGUUUCUUCGAUGAUGUCAGAAAAGAAUUAGAAUGUUGCGUUUGCCAAGAACAAUUUGACGAAAAAAACGAGCCCAAAAUACUCAAAUGUCUCCAUACUUUCUGUAAAUCAUGUCUGGAACGGUGGUUACGACAACAGGGUGGAAAGCAGUUAAGUUGUCCGACAUGCCGUCAAAUCACCGAAUGUCCCAACAACAGCAUCAACAGCCUUCCAUCAAAUCUAUUUUACAAGCAGAUGGUGGGAAUUGUUGAGGCUUACCGCGGAAAGGGACGAGAAGACUCGCCACAGUGCGGAAACUGCGACCAACGAAGGUCCCUGAAGUUUUAUUGCUCGGAUUGCAAUUGCUUCCUAUGUGAAGAAUGCUCCAUGGCUCAUAAAAAAUUGAAAGUGCUUAGUGGCCAUCACGUCAAAGAAAUUGGAAAUUUUGUGUCUAGCGACGCACAAGAUUACGCUCGGAAACUGAACGUUUGUAAAGAACACAAAGAUCAAGUUAGAUUUUACUGCGAUCAAUGUGUAACAUGCAUUUGUCGUGACUGCGCCAUCUUGGAACACCGAGAUCACAACUUCGUGUCCAUUGACAAAGGACUGGACAAGAAGAGAUCAGAAAUCGAGGUCAAAAUGGGAGACGUUCUGGCAAAUGGCUCUAAACUACGAAAGGAAAAAGAAUUCCUAAAAGCACAAACGGCGAGAAUGAGCAAAAGCAUCGAAAAAGCGAAAGACGUAGUGCAUCGAGUCGCUGAACGCAACAUAGCGUUAAUUCGACAGCACGAAUCAAGCGUCACGGAACAACUCAUCAGCCAAAAAGAUGUUUUUGAAGCUGAAUUUUCAAAUGCUGUAUUCCGAAUGGACGAAAGACUGACGGAAAUAAAGAGCGGUUUGGAAUUUUGCAACGACAUACUUCGACGAAAUAAUCUACCGGAGAUCUUAAACGUGGAAGAAAUACUUGAGCAACGGUUUAAGGAACUUUCUAGGCCUUCUGAUGUAAACAUGAAACCAAAUUGUUCCGAAGUCAAGUAUGUCUCAAAUGAUUUGUUCUCCUUGAAAGAAUCUCCAGGGAAAGUGAUGACAACCAAAACUGUACCUUCGUUAUCAGAGGCAGAGGGUGCGGGACUCACCGAAGGAACUCAAGGCGAAGAUUGUGAGUUUACAGUCAUCACAAAAGACUCACGUGGUAGUAAAACUCACAGCGAAAUAGAUGAAAUCCUUGUUGACAUUACAUCACUUCAGAUGGGAACAGCCUUACAGGUCAACGUAACAGACUCAAACAAUGGCUGCUACAAAGUAUCAUACAAACCUGAAACUGCUGGAGAUUUCAACGUGUCUGUGCGCGUUGCAGAUGAACCUAUCAAAGGAAGUCCGUUCCAGUUAAAAGUGGAAAAAAAAAUACGAAAACUGAAAGAUCACCAGCCGUUCGGCCUGAUCGAGGAGGGAAAAACCUGCCAAGUUUGCUAUUAUAAUGUAGUUCCACUUUUCCAGUUACAGUGUGGACACUACAAAUAUUGCAAGGGAUGUAAAGAGAAGCUACUCGGCGAAUAUGAUACCUUCUGCUAUAUUUGCAGACGAAAAGUUUUAUUCCUUGGAAAUCAACCGACUGGACAUAUGACCUGUAGGAGAGACUCAGGACCCUCUCUCCCAGGGUACGAAGCCUUUGAAACCAUAGUGCUUGGUUUUAACUUCGACAGAGGAAUCCAAGGUGAAGAGCACCCAAAUCCUGGGGUUCCUUAUUUGGGUUUAUUCUGCUCAGCAUAUCUGCCAAGAAACCAAGAGGGACAAACAUUGUGUGAACUUCUGAGGAGAGCGUUUGACGCACGACUGUUAUUUACCAUCGGAGCAGACAACACCAUCCUGUUUAAUGACAUUGAACUGAAAACAAGUCGCAGUGGUGGCCCAUUUAAGUACGGUUAUCCCGACUCAGGAUAUCUUGAUCGACUGAAGAAUCAGUUGGCAUUAAAGUGUGUAAAAUAAUGCAAGCCACCGAACUGAACAGGCCACUUCACGAAACUCCUCAUGAGAUCGGAGAGGGUAACUAGAAUGGAAAUAAGAAUGGUUCAAUCCGAGGAGAUCAAAACUGAUUUAGCGCCAGUCACGAACUUUAAAUACGAUCAAGCGUUCAUGAUUCAGAUACAUCGAUUGUGACGUGGUUUUUUCUAAUGAUGCCUUUACACAAAAUCAAUCGACUCUUCGUAUUUCUUACUAUUCUGCAUGCUAAAUAAUAGUUCUAUAAUGCUUCAACGAAAAUUUUGCAUUUGCUGGAGUAAGGAUAAGUUCUUCUGUAAAUAAUUAAACACGGCUUCAUUGCCAUUUUUAAAAAAAUGGCAAAAUAAUCAAAUAAUCGACCAGAGAACAUGAUCUCUAUAGUAGGAUUACAUGUCAUGCAAGUUCAAAUCGAGAUUCAAAAAGUUGAAGCUAGAAUAAUAUUUGACGACGAUUUUACAUACAUCGAUCAUGCAUGCAAUGUAUUUCAGUCCGUGCACUCAUAUCGUGUAGUUCAAUCUGGCUAAGAUUGGGGUGGCUCAUAAGAGUGAACCGAACUGGUACUUUGAUUACGUACAGCUACCCAUGCCAGAACUUUAUUACUAUGUAUUACCCAUAUGAUAUCCUAUACAAACGCAAAUGAGCCUAUUGCAAGUAGAAUAAGAAAGAUUGUAAGUUUUGAGUUCGGUAAAGAAAUAGAGAAAGAUGUUUUAUCGUCUUGUCACGAGCAUGCGACAAAGAAAAACUCCUGAGUCCCCAUGGGGAAUCAGACCUUAGACCAUGGAUUCUGCGCUCUGAUGCUCUGCCACUUAGCCACGGAGACUCGAUGGUGAACAAGGCCCAUUACGAAGUUCAAAUAUGACACGUGUCCUGUAUACUGGUGGGACCAGCACUGGCUUUAGCGUCAUGUUUUGUAAGUAGAUUAAGAAAGAUGGAGGGACUCAGAAUUUUUUCUUUGUCACACUCGUGACAAGACGAAAAAAAUAUCUUUCUCUUGUGUAGUCUUACAUACUAUUUCAAUAAAUCUAAUACAUAGCUUUCAUGGACUACUGGAGUCAAUCCACUUUGUCUGCUAGCGCUGAAGGUAGUUACUAUUCCGUCACAAAAUUUUGAGUUUCCCUGCUACUUAGAAAGCCAUUCGUAUUAGUCAUACCCCACAUUCCUCAGUUGCGUAAAGGCCACGCGAAAAGUGGAAUUUUUUUAUUUGCAGUAUGCUCUCAUCGAAACUAUCAAAAAUUAUUGCAACUGUUUCACAUCUAGUGAUCUCCCUUGCCGUAAGUCUGAUUAAAAUAAGCAAGUUAUAAAGACGACAUCCUUCCAUAGAAAUCAGGAAGCGUGGAAACUGCGGUAAGAAAUGUGGGGAAAGUGUUUGGGAGGCUCAGCUGCCCGUAAAUAAAACAACUUCUGUGUUAAAUUCCGAGG